GACCAUCUUCAAGUUCACUUUUCGUACACGGAUGCCUGCCGGAAGCCGACGCAUACUCGCCUCCGUCUUUUCGGUGCUGCGCACCGGUAGCGGAGCCCAUAUCGUCAGGCCCUUGUGAUACUUCGACACAAAUUCGGGCGUUCUCAUUGGCUUCUUUAUCGGCGUAACAAACCUUCUAUCAGCCUCGUUCACAUGGUAGCAAGUCCGGUAGGACGCAGGUCAAUAGACGGCCCUCGAGCAGUAGGCUCGCGUAGGGGAACUUGUGCUGUUCACCGUGGAGAUGCAUCAUCGCACAGUGUAUCGCAUGUGCUGCGUGCACACUUCUUGCCCUCCGAGCUCUCGCGCUAGAAACGUAUAAAAGCGAGGCAUCCGGCUCACCAGCUUAGCCAUCCCCGGGUCUCCUCAGUUUUACAGUCCUCAUCAUGCGGUUCACCUCCCUCGCCUCGCUUAUUGCUGUAUCCACGCUUGUCGUGGCGCACCCCGAGCCCGACCUCACCGUCGAGCAGCGUGCUGUUCGCAGGCUUGAAGCCCGUGGUCGUGGUCUUCAGGCGCGCAACUGUGCCAACGCCAUCCGUGACUUCGAGGACAAGCGCAUGCGCGCCCGUGCUCUGAAGAAGCGCGGUCUCGUCGAGGAGGCAAAGGCCCAGUUUGCGAAGCGCGAGGUCAUCUCUGGCGCGAGCACUACGUUGUCCGCGGCUCCGCCCACCUACACGGAGCUCCAGAACACGUCGUGCGUGCUCGCUCCCGAGGUCACUGAGGGACCGUACUACAUCAACAACGAGCUCGUGCGCCAGGACCACCGCGAGGAUCAGGCCGGUAUCCCCCUCGUCAUCGACAUCGGUAUCCUGGACAUCAACACCUGCGAGCCCGUCCCCAACUCCUUCGUCGAGAUCUGGGCUGCCAACGCUACCGGCGUUUACGCCAGCUACCCCGCCACCCUUGGCGGUAUCAGCGGUCCUCCCCCGACCCAGUCUGAGAGCAGUUCCCCUUCUGCCUCUGGCCCUCCGGGCGGCGGUGGACCUGGUGGCCCAGGCGGCAGCAUGAGCCUCGAGCGCAACGAGACCUUCCUCCGCGGUGGCUUCCCCACUGACGACAACGGCAUCGUCGAGUUCACGACGAUCUACACCGGCUUCUACGAGGGUCGCUGCCCCCAUUAUCACACGAUGGUCCACCUCGACUGGUCGAUGUCGGACAACGGCACUCUCGUCUCUCACUCCGGCAGCCUGGCUCACAUCGGCCAGUUCUUCAUGGACGAGGACUGGAACGACCAGGUCUUCGCUCUUGAGCCGUACACCUUGAACACCAACAACCGCACGCUUAACACCGAGGAUAGCAUCCUGGCCGAGCAGAACACUGACGGUUACAACGGCUUCCUUGCCCUCGAGAAGCUUGGCGACGACAUCUCCGAGGGUGUCCUCGGGUACAUCACCAUCGGCAUCGACUCGACGGCGUCGUACAGCAUCAUGAACAACAACUACUACAACUCGUCCACCGAGAGCGCGAGCGCCUCGGCAUCCGCCUCGUUCGCCAGCUUCAACUAGAGGGCACGGGCUUGACGUGUGCCAUGAUGUAUUGUGCGGAAAAAAUGGGUUCUGUAAAACUGGGAUUUCACAUGUCUAUCUUUACAAAUGUCAGUUCACUUCUGCGACCUCGUACACGCUAAGUGUCCGUUUGACGAGUCGAGAGAUGGGUGCCGGCCUAGGAGCGGUGCUUCCUACCCUUCUUCGGAGUGACGAGGGCGUGGAAUUCGGAGUGCGGCAUCCGAGCGACCUCCAAGACAAUUGUGUCCGUGUCCCUCCUGAAGACAGCAAAGAUGUAGACGUGUCCAGGCAGGAGGUUCUUGCGCGGCACUGGUAAAGCAGUUCUGGCCUCGUCCUUGACGAAAUUCACCAUCUGCACCGACUGGACCUCUU